CUAUCGACUCACUUCCUGCUACUUCUGUUGUUAGACAGCGAACCGACCUGACUGACAUACUACUGUCUUGUGAACUGUUUCGGUGCAUGCAACGUAUUUGACUGUAAACUGUGCUUCCAUGCCGGGAUAGUAACGUCAAAGCGGCGCCGUAUAGAAUACGGGGCGAUGCACUCAAACCGCCUAUUCUUCGUAUUUUUCGGUGGUGUGUUAGAGGUUUGUUUCAGUGUUUCGGCGAACAGGGGAGGCUACCCUUCAUUUACCGAUGAAAUUCCAUUCAAAAUCAACUGGCCUGGGGCUGACUUCAACCUGCCGGCCUCAGGAGCUCUUUACAAAGAGGAUGACUUUGUUAUUAUGACAACGUUACAGAAGGAGAGAUACAAAUGUUUACUUCCUUCUUUAACAAAUGGAGAUGAGAAUGACGACAAGGACUACGGUGGCCCCACCCCAGACGCUCUUCUUGAGCCCUUGUUCAAACAGAGUAGUUGUUCCUAUAGGCUGGAGUCAUACUGGACUUAUGAGGUGUGCCAUGGGAAACACUUGAGACAGUACCAUGAGGAGAAGGAGACGGGCCAGAAGACCAACAUUCAGGAGUACUACCUCGGGUCCAUACUGAGGAAGAGCUCUGAUCCUGAGACUGAAUCUGAAACUGGUGGCGAGUCAUCUGCUAAAGAUAAAGAGAUUCCCACUAAGAACAUUGAGGGCCAGCUGACUCCGUACUACCCGGUGAAGAUGGGCGACGGGACGGCCUGCCUGCUGAAGCAGAACCAGCCGCGCUCCACCACGGUCCUCUACGUGUGCCACCCGGAGGCCAAGCACGAGAUCCUCUCCAUCGCCGAGGUCACCACCUGUGAGUACGAGGUGGUGGUGCUCACCCCUCUGCUCUGCUUGCACCCCAAAUACAGGUUCAAGACCUCGCCAGUGAACGCCAUCUUCUGUCAGGCCCUGGCAGGCUCCCCCCUCAGGCCACACCGCCUCUCUCAGCUGGACCAGGAGCAGGAGGAGCAGCUCAAGCCCCCCUUCGGCUCGCCCACCGAGAAAGAGGCGGUGGUGGCAGCAGCGGCACCCGUCAGAGAGGAGGCCUACACAUCGACCCACAAGCCCAUGACUGUGGGGGGGCAGGCACAGGUUGCCGUGGGAACCACCCACAUCUCCCGCCUGACGGACGAGCAGCUGAUUAAGGAGUUCCUCAGUGGCUCCUACUGUUUGCAUGGGGGCGUGGGGUGGUGGAAGUACGAGUUCUGUUAUGGCAAACACGUCCAACAGUAUCAUGAGGACAAGGAGCAGGGGAAGAGCAUAGUGGUGGUGGGGAACUGGAACCCUGAAGAGCAUCUGGACUGGGCCAAGAAGAAUGCUGCACGCUCCUAUCAGCUGAAGGACGAAGGCCUGCAGAAAGUCAAAGCCGUUUCUCACUUCUAUGGCCACGGGGAUCUGUGUGACCUGACGGGGAAGCCAAGGCAGGUCAUCGUAAAGCUAAAGUGCAAGGAGUCCGAAUCUCCCCAUGCAGUCACUGUGUACAUGCUGGAGCCAAACACCUGCCAGUACAUUCUGGGGGUGGAGUCUCCAGUCAUAUGUAAGAUCCUAGACACUGCUGACGAGAACGGCCUGCUGUCUCUUCCAAGCUAACAAACGCAGAGUAGGAAGAGACUUAAGACUUGUGAUGCCAUGGAGAAGAAUGGAUGGAGAAGAAUAAAUUUGAAGGAGUGUUACUAAAAUGGAGUACUUGGGGCUUUCACUGGGCCCUGCGGAAAUGCUCAUGAUGGAAGGAUGAGAA